AUGGCUCGGAUCGUGGUGUCCAAUAUCCCCUCCACCCUUCGAGAGAGGGAGCUUGAUGACAUAUUCUACAAGUUCGGUAGAAUUGAGUCUAUCGAGAUUCGUGGUGCCAGGAUAAACGAGAGCUCUCGGAGGCGCACAGCUUACGCUUACGUUCAAUUCCGGGACUGGCAAGACGCUGCUGAUGCUGCUAAGUCCCGUAAUGGUUAUGAGAUUGAUGGGCAGCCCAUCACAGUCGAAGUAGAUGGUGACUAUCGUGAUGAUUCCCGUAGUAUCCCUUCGAAAGGGAAGGGUAAGGGUGGUGGCAGGUAUGGCGACUAUGGUGGCGGAUACGGCAAGGGCGGCAGUGGGUCACCAUCAGCAGGCUAUGACUCGAUGGGCAUGUCGGAGAAGUACUACCGUGUAGUCGUAACCAACCUCCCUCGAGGAGCAUCUUGGCAAGAUCUUAAAGACAAGAUGCGUGAUGCUGGCGAAUGCCGAUUCACUGAAGUCACUCGUGACGGUGUCGGUGUAGCUGGCUUUGCUGGUCAAUCUGAUGUCGAGCGCGCUGUCCGCACCCUCGAUGAUACCGAGAUGAAGAGUCAUUUUGGUGAUACGUCCAUUAUUCGAGUAGAAGAAUUCACUGAUGAGAAGCAUGGCGAGACGCUUGGUCAUAUAGGCAAGGGUAAAGGGAAGGGCAAGGGAAAAGGGUAUGGUUGGGGUGGUGGUAAAGGAGGUGGUUGGGGUGGUAAAGGAGGAUACUCCAGUUGGGGCAGUGGCAAGGGAGGCUAUGGGGACUGGAGUGGUGGUGGCGGCCCACCAUCUGGGGGCUCCUAUGAUGAUCCCUACAGUGGUGGCCGUACCCCACGUGGACGUGAUUCGAGACGUAGAUCACCGAGCUAUGGCGAGUAUCAUACUAAGGAGAGCCGCAGUCGCUCUCGUGGUCGGGGAGAGAGGGGAAGUCCGCGUUACGAUUAA